UUAGGCAUCGUGGUUUCUCUGCAAUUUGGGUGAGCUUCGUUUACCUCUUCUUCUUCCUUUUUGCUUCUCUGCUUAUCUUUCCUGCAUUUUCCAUAUGAACAGAGAUUGGGUGUCUGAGGAUGCUGCUUUUUUUUUUUUUUUCUUUUCUUUUUUCUGAGGAGGGUUUUAGGUUGGGGUUCUUGGUAAUGAGGUUUUCAAGUUAAAUUUGUCUGCAAGUGUUGCCUCUUAUGAAUCUUUAAGAGUAAUCAGUACGAUUAGAACACCUACAUUCUGUUAUAUAUAGACAUUCUUUGACUGGGGGUUACAGGGUAGUAUGAACUUUGAAGAAUUUACCUUCCAUGGGGGGUUCUUUUCUGUUUCUUGGUUUCUGCAUUUUGGGUGAGCUUCUUUACCUCUUCUUCCUUUUCCUGCGUUUUCCUUUUGCUGCAAAAAAAAUGGGUUCUUUGAGGUUGGGGCUCUUGGUGAGGACGGACCAUGUGUUGAAAUAAGUUUUUUUUCAAAAGUCAAAUUUUGCUGCAAUUGUGGCCAUGUAUGGUUGUUUUAGAGUAAAGGGGUGUCUCAUUGGGUUACAGUGUAGUAUCAGUAUGUUUACUUGCCUCUCAUGGGUUCAUCGGUUCUCUUGCCUUAACUUUCGUGUUACCGGUGGUACGCCCAGCACUGUAUUAGGAGCAGAAGCUAGUUACUUGACAAAUUCUUUGACAUUUGCACAUCAUUCUGCUGGUAUCAACUUGACAAAUCCAGAUUCUUUUGAUUUAGUAAAUCUAUAAGUUCCACAUUUUGCGGUUACUAGUGGAAAUUUAAAAACUUUUGGAUGCUUAGAUGUUCUGUUGCUUUUAUAGGUUUUACUUGGUUAGAUGUAAGUGAUAUUUGGAUGCUUAGAAUAAUUCUAUAGGUGCUAUUUUGGAUUCUUAGAUGGCUGUUGCUGUUAGACAAUUGUGAAUACAUGUGUUUUAAUGAUCUAGGUUCUGGAGAAUUUUUUGCAUUGGGGUGUGAAUAGGAAUGGUGGUUGUAGAGGCGGUGCCGCUUUUGGCAUCAUCAAGAGAAAAUGUGUCACGAAGUGAUAUCCCUUCUCAGGAAAGAUUGGAAAGGUUUCCCAUGGAGCAUGGAGAGUGUUUUUCCCAUACUAAGUCACCUGAGUUUAAGAGGCGUAGAGUCUCUGCUGUUCGUGAUUUUCCUUUAGGGUGUGGACCAUAUGCUCAGUUAAGCAGUUUGAGACCUGUCAAAGAGGUGGCUUCUGUUGGUAUUCCAAAGGAAGAGAUGGCCACGGCUCUGUUGGAUAGAAAUUGUUUUUCACUGCCUGAUGGGUCCACAUCUGUAUCUAAUGACAAUGGUCCAGCAAAGUUUCUAGAUAAAAUGUAUCCUCGUCGAAGUGUAGUGGAAGCUGUCUGGGACUUUCCUCCAUUCUGUGGAAUAAAUGCUGCUUUGGAGGCCAGGACUUUGGGUCAAAAGAAGUUAGUCAUGGGUUACAAAGCAUCAUCAUCAAACACAGCAAAGACUGAUGUGAAACAAACGGGAAUUGGGGACAGAGUUCAACCUAACACUGACAAAAAAAUUCACAGGGAAAAGCCUUUUGAUAUAUCUCAUUCUCCCAACCAUCUGCAUGAAGAAGAUUUCGAAAGCUCGCGACUUACAUUGGAUAAGUUGGUUGUGUUGGGCUUGAUGGCUUCAUCAAAUUGUCCAUGGAAGAAAGGAUGCAAGCACAAAUCAAACAGUGGUAUCAGUGAAAGGAAAAGAGAGAAAUUUCGGGUAGAAAGAUCUAAACCAGCUUGCAUAGCAAAAGAUGAAUCAGAAAUUGGAGGUAUAUUUCAGAAGAAGAACUGUCCUGUAGCAGUAAAGACUGCUUAUCAAGGCAGAGGUCGGCUUGUUAUGAGGGAUGAAGAGUAUUCUCUUGAGGAUGAUGAAAACAAACAUGAUCAUGUGUUUCCAGCAUCAUGCCAUACAGAUGGGUGUCCUCCUCCUUUUGGUCCCAGUAGUUCAAGCAGCAAAACUCAUGAUAACACAACUGUCAGAAACAAGGUGAAGGAUACAUUGCUUUUGUUCCGAGAUGAAUGUGGGAAGCUCUUGCUGGAGGAAGAACAUAAAAGGUCAAAGGGAGGAGGAAUUUCUCACCGAAGGGUCGAUUUGGAAGCCUAUAAGAUCCUCAAAGAUAAAAAAGUCUUUGUAAAGUCGGGAAAACAAAUCAUUGGAGCUGUCCCGGGAGUUGAUGUUGGUGAUAAAUUUCAAUACCGAGUGGAACUCAACAUUAUUGGCCUACACCGCCCGACCCAAGGAGGUAUAGAUUAUGGGAACUUUGGUGGUAAGCUCCUUGCAACCAGUAUUGUUGCAUCUGGUGGCUAUGUUGAUGAUGUUCAUAAUAAGAAUUCCUUGAUCUAUACCGGCCAGGGAGGAAAUGUGAUGAAUAGAAAAGACCCUGAAGAUCAGAAGCUUGAACGAGGAAAUCUUGCUUUAAAGAAUAGUGUGCAGAAGAACCCUGUUAGAGUGAUCCGUGGCUCCAACAUGUUGAAUGGAAGUAGGACUUAUGUCUAUGAUGGACUUUAUUUGGUAGAAAAAUAUUGGCAGGAAAGGGGGCCUCAUGGAAAGCUUGUUUUCAAGUUUCAGAUGAACAGACUUGAAGACAAUAACUUGCUUGGAAACUGACCUGCGAGGUUAAGGCUGCAAAUUCAUCUAUCAGAUGCAUGCUCGGCCUUGGCUAUAGAGGAAGAAUGGCUAACCAGUGUUUCAACCAUCUAAAAGAGCUAUGGUAUCAUUUAUAUUUUGGAUUUGUCAGCAGUUAGUAAGGUGUUUCUGUUAGUGACAGAUAUGGUAGGAACUGACUUUUGUGAAGAACUUGACAGAGAAGCAUAGGUUGAAUAGAUAAUGGAAAGCUUGUAAUCGAUCUAAUUACGUCUACAUUUGCUGUAUGCAAUAUUACAAGAUGGUAUAAACUGGGUUAUGUGAA